AUGCCUCUUCUCUUCUUCUCUCGUCGUUUUCUCAUCUUCUCCACCAUCAUCCCCUUCCUUGCCUCCAUUGCUCUCUACCGUCUCGACACUUUUGACCCUGCUCUGCUUCCUUCCGAAGCAUUAAACUACUCCAACACCACUCUCCCUCCGGUUAGCAACGAUGGAUUACUAACCGGAGCUGAGUUAAUCGGUGUUGGUCUUCUCAACAGCCCCGAGGACAUUGCUUACCACCGAGAAUCUAAUCUCAUUUACACCGGCUGUGUAGAUGGAUGGGUGAAACGAGUCAAGGUGACCGACUCGGUUAAUGACUCAGUCGUGGAGGACUGGGUCAAUACUGGUGGUAGACCACUCGGCAUAGCUUUUGGACUUCACGGAGAAGUCAUUGUCGCAGAUGCAUACAAGGGACUGUUGAAUAUAAGCGGUGACGGAAAGAAAACGGAGUUAUUGACGGAUGAAGCUGACGGCGUUAGAUUUAAGCUCACUGACGGAGUCGCCGUUGCAGAUAACGGCGUUUUGUAUUUCACAGACGCUUCGUACAAGUACAACAUGCGUGACUUUGCUUUUGACAUCUUGGAAGGCAAACCUCAUGGCAGACUCAUGAGCUUUGACCCCACCACACGAGCUACACGUGUCCUUUUGAAAGACCUGUACUUUGCAAAUGGUGUCUCUAUGUCUCCCGACCAAACACAUCUCGUCUUCUGCGAAACACCCAUGAGAAGAUGCAGCAAGUAUUACAUCAGUGAGGAGCGUGUGGAGGUGUUUAUUCAAGGCUUAUCCGGUUAUCCCGACAACAUCCGGUACGAUGGAGAAGGACAUUACUGGAUCGCAAUGCCUUCGGGAGUAACAGUGUUGUGGAAGCUUGCGUUUAGAUACCCUUUCUUGAGGAAACUCACGGCCAUAGCGGCUAAGUACGGGUUUGAUCCCAUGGUGUUUAUGGAGAAUGCUGGCGUUUUGGAGGUGGAUCUUGAUGGGAAGCCUAUAGCAUUGUACCAUGAUCGUAAGCAUUCUCACAUGACUACUGGAGUCAAGAUUGGGAGAUACCUCUAUUGUGGGAGUCUUCUGCAUUCACACAUAGUUCGGCUCGAUCUUCUGAAGUAUCCUGCACAGAAAAGGCUUUGAGCUGUUACACGGAGGAAACUUUCAACAUCAAAGUUUAUUUAAUAUUAUAAGAACUGUUGUACAUUUGCUAUCAUUUUAAACCGUCACAUAUUAUAAACUCAUAAACACAACGCUUUAAGUUCUCAAGCUUUACAU